CGUUCUGGGGCACCCCUAUGCAGGGCGGGGGAAAUAAGCAGACCAAAGUGGCCCAGUCUGGAUGAAAAAAUAUUGGGGGCAUGUCUCUAAAUCGGAUUUUUCCCUUCUGUGCUGUCUCUUAUAUGGCCAUUAUUCAGAUGAUGUUUAUUUCCGGGUGCGCCUUCUAUCACAAUCCGGUUUCCUGCGGUUCGGAAUUAGGAGCGGGGGGGUUCUAAAAGAAAGCCCCGCAUCCCGACCUCCAAUAGACUUUUCAAGGGAUUUUGAAGCGGUCUUCACUCCGUCUGCAUAUGCCACGGGCCCCGGCGAGGGUGCACCGCACCGCGCUCAACGGUGGUGCGAUUCUUUAUGACUGAGUUAGUAAGCAUGCUAGCUAGCUAGCAACAUCGAUUUCUACACCACCCCCUUUCCAACCGGCUAUUCCUGCUGGUGUCAAUACCCCGUAGCUUGUGGGUGAAUUGUAAAACCCAACUUCUCUAUUGGACUUUUCCGUUUAAUUCCUCCACGAUAUCCCCAUCCUGCUGGAAGUGUUGACUUGGAAGGGCCAUCAAAAGAAGAGGACAUUUCUGGUAGGAUCCCUGCUUCGGAUUUGGGAUUUAAGGCCCACAAGGGGGUUUAACCCGCAAUCAUUUGAUUCCUAAACCCCUAAUGCCUGGAAUCUUACAGUUUUUGUCAGUAUUAAUGAAAUGUUUAGCAUUUUUAUUUAUGUAAUUAGUGACAGUUUUUGAUUUUGCCUUUCAUUCUGGACCCAAAAUGUCGAUCCUACCAGCAGUUUUAACCCUAAUUGGCUAUAUUUUACGGUCCCUAUCCUAACCAACAUCAGCCUUGGAACACCAGUCAGAUUAUAAGACUGACAAUCUGCAACUAGCAGUGUUCAGCGGUAAAUGUCCACAGCGCACUGUGGUCAUCUCUCACGGGGAAAGGUGUCAGAUAACAGGAACACCCUACUUUGACAGCGAGUCUCAGUACUCCGACCGGACGACGGUGGUCUCUGUUCCAGUUCCAAGCAGUAAAAUAGCUCCGUGGCAAUCGAAUCGAACACACAGGCCGAGCUCCGGUGCUCGCCAUGCCCGGCCCGGCGGCCGGCAGUAAAUCUCGGGUAUACGCCGAUGUCAACACUUUGAAGAGCCGGGAAUAUUGGGACUAUGAAGCCCACGUGCCUAGCUGGAGUAACCAGGAGGACUACCAGUUGGUGCGUAAGCUUGGCAGAGGAAAGUACAGUGAGGUCUUUGAGGCCAUCAACAUUAACAACAAUGAGAAGGUGGUGGUCAAGAUCCUCAAGCCUGUCAAGAAGAAGAAAAUCAAGCGGGAAAUCAAGAUCCUGGAGAACCUCCGAGGGGGAACCAACAUAAUUCGAUUGGUGGACACAGUGAAAGACCCUGUGUCCCGAACGCCUGCGCUUGUCUUUGAAUGCAUCAAUAACACAGAUUUUAAGGAGCUCUACCAGAAGUUAACAGAUUUUGAUAUACGUUUUUACAUGUAUGAACUACUUAAGGCUCUAGACUACUGCCACAGUAUGGGGAUCAUGCACCGAGAUGUCAAGCCCCACAAUGUGAUGAUUGACCACCAGAUGAGGAAGCUACGCCUGAUAGACUGGGGCCUUGCGGAGUUCUACCAUCCUGCACAGGAAUACAACGUACGAGUAGCAUCGCGCUACUUCAAAGGACCUGAGUUACUGGUGGAUUACCAGAUGUAUGACUACAGUUUGGACAUGUGGAGUCUGGGCUGCAUGCUGGCCAGUAUGAUCUUCCAGAAAGAGCCCUUCUUCCAUGGCCAGGACAACUAUGACCAGCUGGUUCGAAUUGCCAAAGUCCUGGGGACAGAUGAGCUUUUUGGCUACCUGCGCAAAUACCACAUUGAGCUGGACCCACGCUUCAAGGACCUCCUUGGCCAGCAGACACGGAAACGCUGGGAGCAGUUUGUCCAGACAGAGAACCAGCAUCUGGUGAGCCCAGAGGUUCUGGACCUUCUGGAUAAGCUGCUGCGCUACGAUCACCAGCAGAGACUGACGGCCACAGAGGCUAUGGAUCACCCGUACUUCUAUCCUGUGCUGAAGGAGCAGUCUCUCUCUAAUGCGGAUGGCAAUAUGGUGACCAGCGGAUCCACUACAGCCCGAUGAAAACAGAAGAACAUUUGUUACCUCAGAUUUUUACCCGUUUGUGGCAGAAACCUCUUCAACUGUACAGUGACAAUGGAUCCAAGUAAAGCUGACCAUAAACACCACUCAAAGAUGUGCAUAUGGACACACACGCACACACACACACACACACACACACACACACACACCCUUCUUCUCAGUGUCAGUCUGUGCUUGCCCAAGUAAUAUGUCAAGCAGCCAGACGAUGAGCUUGAUGCCUGAUCUGCUGCCCUGCACCCCUUCCCUUAUCUUUAGGUCAUCAGAAAAUGUUCAAAGACAAGAAAAAAGGCCCCUUCCCCGUCUUUCUCCCCCUUUGGCCCCCAUCCCUUGUUUAACUAAGCAUGGAGAAUGAAAAGGAGCGUAAGCCUGUCCCCCGCCCUCCUGCCUCCGUCUGUCUGUCUGUCUGUCUAACUGUCUGUCCCCCGCCCUCCUGCCUCCGUCUGUCUGUCUGUCUGUCUAACUGUCUGUCCCCCGCCCUCCUGCCUCCGUCUGUCUGUCUGUCUGUCUAACUGUCUGUCCCCCGCCCUCCUGCCUCCGUCUGUCUGUCUGUCUAACUGUCUGUCCCCCGCCCUCCUGCCUCUGUCUGUCUGUCUAACUGUCUGUCCCCCGCCCUCCUGUCUCCGUCUGUCUGUGCCCCGACUUCCUGCCUCUGUAUGUCUGUCUCUCCCCCACCCUCCUGCCCCUGUGUCUGUUUGUCAGUCUGUUUCUGUCUGUCAUUUUCUGUCUGUCAGUCUGUCAGUUUCUGUGUACAUGUUCAGUAUUCAGCCCCUUGGCAGACCUGACCUCAGCCUCCACACACUGUAGUUCCUAAGUGGCAUGGUGGACCUUUUACUCUGCUCUAGGUAGAAUAAUGAGAAUAAUAUUCAUGAAAAUAAAGGAUUUUUAUUUAGGUUGA